AUGGUCCUCGAAAUCCAGUGGCAAUUUCCAAAGGAUUUGCUUUGGUUGCUUUCUCUCAUCAUAGGACUGAUCGCUACAACGAUCCUUUUCACCUACUCCAUCUCCUACAUCUACAGCUUCCAAAGAUCUGGGCACGAAGGAUCUGAGCCACCUUUACUGCCCUAUUGGAUACCAUACUUUCAGCACCUGCCUGCAUUCCUUCUAGACCCAGCAAGUCUUUACGAACGUGGUAGAGAAUGCUUCUCAGGGAAACCCUUCACUCUCCUACUAGCCGGGACAAAGUUCUAUGUAUUUUACUCUCCCGAAUCUGUCAGCCAUGUCUUCAGUCGCUCUCGAUUGUUCACUUUCGAGCCUGUCAUGGCAAGCAUGAUGGAAAAUGCUGUUGAUCUUCCACCUCCAGACCGACCCAAAUUUAUUUCAUCGACAACGGAAGGAAAAGAUAGGAAAUUCCUGACCGAAAACCACAACAUUUGGACACGCAAUCUUUCGGGGAAACGCCUCCAUGACAUUAUGAAAAUAUACAUGUCGGUGCUCCCUACUGUUUUGGAGUCGAAUAUCGAUCUUUCGAGCGACAAGUGGCAGAAAAAGAGUUUGUACCCAUUUCUUAGGAAAAUCAUCUUCGAGACAAGUGUACAAACGUUCUUUGGCCCUCAUUUGAUACAAUUCUGGCCCACCAUGUGGGAUGACUGGAGAAGAUUCGAUGAUGCUACAUAUAUUGGUGUGCGAUCGAACUUGGUAUUCAAAUUACAGCCCAAGACCCACAGGGCACGUGAGAGGAUGUUCCAAGCAUUUGAACGUUGGCUAGAUGCUGUUGGAAACGAUGAGUGGGAAGAUACAGAUAACGUGUGGUGUGAGAAAUGGGGUCUCCGUAUGAAUUGGGAGAGGGAUGUACUGGGUAGGCAAUGUGGUUUUACGAAAAGAGGAAGGGCAUGCCUCCAGGCCAGCUUUCUUUUUGUGAUUGUGACCAACGCGGCUCCAAUGGCUACUUGGUUUGCAUACUGUGCUGCAUGCAACCCGUCUCGUCUAGCCGAGUACCGUGACGCCGCCACGCUUUUCAUGCUUUCUCCCUCAAUCGUCUCAGGCUCGGUUUCAACGCCUCAUUUUGAUCUCCCAGCUCUCGUCGAGAACCCAUUUGUUCGGUCCCUCUGGCUGGAAGCGUUGCGUUUAGGGACCAUAUCUGCAGCUGCACGAGUCGUAACCCGAGAAACCACCCUUGAAGGUUAUCUUCUCCGAGCAGGCUCCGUCAUCUUGAUGCCAGUUCAUUUGAUGCAUUCUGGUGUGGAAUUCCCGGAGGCAAAGAAGUUCCAACCAGAUCGAUGGCUAGGUGUAGAUGAAGAGACAUUAAAACGGCAGAAUAUGGUGAUGCGCCCCUUCGGAGGGGGCACAAGUUUGUGUUCUGGGAGAUUUGUGGCGGAGAUGGAGAUUGUUGGCGUUGUGAGUGUGCUGCUGGAGAUGCUCGAUGUGAAAUUUGAAGAAACUCUUUCUGAGAAUCACUGGGAAUUCAAUCCCAGAAGUAUCGGCGUCAUGGCGCCAAAGAAGAGCGUUCCAGUCUGGAUAAGGCGAAGAGAAAAGAUGUAGACAUUCCCACUCUUGAACCUUUUAACUUCAUUACUUUGUUCAUUACUAUAGUAGAUUGAUUAGAUUAUCAUGCUCUCUUUCUCACAAAAUUGAGAAUAGAAGGGAAUUUCUAAGUGGCU